GCCUCCACAAAACAAACUUGCAAAAACGUGGAAGUGGUAGGUGGCAAGACCAGUGUGGGCUCCAUUCUUCACCGAACUCCGAAUUUGCUAGGCCUCCUCCUCUUACACCAACCGCAACCACUGCAAAUACCCAUAUAUACACAUACAAAUACAUACAUUACAUUCCCACGCUCAAAUUUGCUUUCAAUUCCACUAUCACCAAACCCACCAACGGCGUUGCAUAAUGGCGUAUACCAUAUCUACCAAACCUUUUCUCGGAGCUCCAUCCUCAGACGGAUCCUCUCUUGGAUUCCUCCAAUCGUCCUCCAAGCUUUACAUUCCUUGUCUUCGGCUCCCUGCUCGACGAUCCCAAUCCAAACGCCUUGAGAUACAGGCGGCUGGUAGUUCAUAUGGAACUUACUUCCGUGUUACAACAUUUGGAGAAUCUCAUGGUGGUGGUGUAGGGUGUGUGGUUGAUGGAUGCCCUCCUAGACUUCCCCUCUCAGAAGCUGAUAUGCAAGUAGAUCUGGAUAGAAGGAGGCCAGGUCAAAGCCGAAUCACCACCCCAAGAAAAGAAACUGACACAUGCAGAAUAGCAUCAGGAAUUGCUGAUGGGCUUACCACUGGAUCUCCGAUCAAGGUAGAAGUUCCCAACACAGAUCAGAGAGGCAAUGACUACAGUGAAAUGUCAUUAGCUUAUAGGCCAUCUCAUGCUGAUGCAACUUAUGAUUUCAAGUAUGGCGUGAGAUCAGUGCAGGGCGGUGGUAGAUCUUCUGCUAGAGAAACCAUUGGGAGAGUUGCUGCUGGAGCUGUUGCUAAGAAAAUUUUAAAUCAAUAUUCAGGAACAGAGAUUAUUGCUUAUGUUUCACAAGUGCACAAGGUUGUCCUUCCUGAAGAUUUGGUUGAUCAUGAAACAUUGACUCUUGAUCAGAUUGAGAAUAAUAUUGUGAGGUGCCCAAAUCCUGAGUAUGCGGAAAAAAUGAUUGCUGCAAUUGAUGCUGUUAGAGUGAGAGGUGAUUCUGUUGGUGGUGUUGUCACCUGCAUUGUUCGUAAUGUUCCACGGGGGCUUGGUUCUCCAGUCUUUGAUAAACUUGAAGCGGAGCUGGCCAAAGCUGUUAUGUCUCUACCUGCAACAAAGGGAUUUGAGUUUGGAAGUGGAUUUGCAGGUACAUUCAUGACUGGUAGUGAGCAUAAUGAUGAAUUUUAUAUGGAAGGAAACAGCCGAAUCAGGACUAAAACCAACCGAUCUGGUGGUAUACAGGGUGGAAUAUCAAAUGGAGAAAUCAUUAAUAUGAGAAUAGGUUUCAAGCCAACAUCUACAAUUUCUAGGAAACAGAGCACUGUGACUAGAGAUAAACAUGAAACAGAGCUCAUAGCCCGAGGCCGUCAUGAUCCCUGUGUUGUUCCACGAGCUGUUCCAAUGGUUGAAGCUGCUGUAGCCCUGGUGCUAGUUGAUCAACUAAUGGCGCAAUAUGCACAAUGCAUGUUGUUUCCCAUCAAUCCAGCAUUACAAGAAUCAAUGGAAUUGAACAAACAGGAGCCAGUACAGGUUCCCCAUUGAUGUUCUCUCUGAUUAAUUGCUCUAUACCUCAAAGCAAUGGUGGUUUUUUCUUUCUUUCCCUCUAAUGAGGGUACCCAUUGUUGAAUUCUCCAAGCUUCUGUCUUAAAAGUUCUUAUUGCUAUAUGCAAAGUAGUGAAGUCGAAGGUUGUGUUUCAUCAUGUCAUUAUAAACCUAGUUUUUAUAGAGCGAAAACGAGAUUUGUUACUUUGUAGGUUUUAUUGUCUUCAUUUCAUCAGACUGUUUGUAUCAUUGUAAACCUGUUUUAUCGUAGUGACUUAUAAUUGUUACACUUGGACACGAAGAACGUUGUUUGAUAAGCUUAAAAAGUGUAAUUUGUCUCAUCA